ACUCGGUCAUCGCUAUAGGAACUGAGUUUCUCGGGCGGGAGGUGAGAGAUACACAAACCGGCGAACACCCACUUUUGGGUGGAUUUAUUUGAGUUUCGGCGGAAUAAACAAAGUGCGCAUAAGUUACGCGUUCAUAUUGAACGGCCAUUGGGUUGUUUUCCCGUCAAAACCGAGCGGAACGAGAGAAUUGACACCGAUGCCAACCGGAACCCGCAGACGGGCUAAGCUAGGCUAGGCUAAGCUAACCUGCAAACAACACUCGGGCAGCGGAGCCCCGCGGAGGAGAUCAGCGUGUUUACCCCGGAUUUGUAGCCUUUUCCACGGCUAAGUUUCCAUUUCGAGGAAGAAGGGCGGCUUGCUAGCCGGAGCUGUGGCGGGGGAAAGCGGAUAAACCCUCCCGCUGGGCGCCGGGCGGAGCUCACGGAGCCUUGCCGGACUGCGGAGUGCUGUAGAGGGCAGCCAUGGCCGAGGUGUCCACCCUCACCCCGUCUCCUCCGGCGAUGGCAGAGCAGCCAGUUUCCUCGCAUUCUCUCCCUUCAGAGUCCCCUAAAACCACCCCCAUCCCCAAAUCCGCUCUGUAUGGGGACAGGGCCGUGAUGGGCAACCCCACGUUACCGACUGGACUCAGAGAAACCACCAUUUCUCUGUCGUCCUCUGCGGAGGUCACUGCUGCUCCUGCCUCCCCUUUUCCUACAAAUUCAGAGAGCGCCGCUGCUUCACAGGCAGAAGUGACCGCAGGUACGGAGAGUGGAGCGCCAGGAGCUGCUUCUGAGGCGUUAAAGCAGCACAGCGUUGUCAAUGAACCACAAGAAACAGCAAAAGAACGACAGAUGCCAUCUUCUCCAGGACCUAAUCCCAGCCCUAAUCUCCACCCCAGUGCGCAGGCUAAUAAUCCCACAGCUUCUCCAGACGCCCCUCCCCAUUAUCCUCCCCCUCCUGUACCUACGGCUUCAGAAAAAACGGAAAAUACAGAAAAUGGCUCGGGCCCAAACCCCGCAAUCUCAAAUCCGCCACUAGAGGGCGAUAAAACAUCUCCAGAAGCACAAAUAAUAAAGCAGCCGGAUCAGAACCCAAACCCUGUUCCAUUUCAGGACCCCAAGCCGAGCACCCCAAGCUUCAAAGACCCCCCAGAGUCCCCCUUCUCCCUCUCCAAAACCGAGCCUCCGUCUCUUAUUGUGCACGAUUCGUCGGCUUCUCUCGUCCUACCCCCCACUUACUCUCGCCCCGCUCCGGACACGCUCAGCUACCUGGAGUCGGCCAGCAUGAUGUCCGGCACGCUGGAGUCACUGUCCGGCCUGGGGGAGGACGGCAGCUCCAUCGGCUCGGAUUCCGAAAUCAACGGACAGAUUCUGAGGCGGACGGAUAAAUACGGCUUCCUCGGAGGAGCGCAGUACACCGAGGGCAGUGAGAAGGAGAUCAGUGUGGACGUGGCGAGGCACAGGGAGAUGAAAUGGUUGGACAUGUUCCGCAACUGGGACAAAUGGAUCACUCGACGCUUCCCUAAGGUGAAACUGCGAUGUCGUAAAGGCAUCCCCUCGUCUCUCAGAGCUAGAGCCUGGCAGCUUCUGUCUAACAGUGAGGAUCUCCUGAAGGACAACAUUGGGAAGUUUGAUGAGCUGGAGAGAGAGCAGGGUGAUCCGAAGUGGUUGGAUAUCAUAGAGAAAGACCUACACAGACAGUUUCCCUUCCACGAGAUGUUUGCUGCUCGCGGGGGCCACGGUCAGCAGGAUCUGUACCGUAUCCUGAAGGCCUACACCAUCUACCGGCCAGACGAGGGCUACUGCCAGGCUCAGGCUCCUGUGGCUGCAGUGCUGCUGAUGCACAUGCCUGCAGAGCAAGCCUUCUGGUGUUUAGUGCAGAUCUGUGAGAAAUACCUGCCUGGGUACUACAGCGCUGGACUGGAGGCCAUCCAGCUGGACGGAGAAAUAUUUUUCUCUCUGCUGAGGCGCGUGUGUCCCAUGGCCUACCGUCACCUGAAGAAAUUUAAAAUCGACCCCAUCCUCUACAUGACGGAGUGGUUCAUGUGCAUCUUCUCGCGGACGCUGCCCUGGGCCUCCGUUCUCAGAGUCUGGGACAUGUUCUUCUGCGAGGGGGUGAAGAUCGUGUUCCGUGUUGGGCUGGUGCUGCUGAAGCAGAUGCUGGGCUCAGUGGAUAAACUGCGGGAGCUGCAGGGCAUGUAUGAAACGAUGGAGCGCCUCCGGAACAUUCCUCCAGAAAGCAUCAGAGAAGACCUGCUGGUUCAGGAGGUAAUCACUCUCCCGGUGACGGAGGCCCUAAUAGAGCGCGAGUGCAGCGUUCAGGUGCGGAAAUGGCGCGAGUCUCGAGGUGAACUGACCCACCAGCCCGGCCGCCGGCUCCACGGUACGAGGGCUAUCCAUGAGCAGAAGCGCCGUGCGGCCUCCAUCAGCUCCGGGGGCAGCCUGUCGUUCCUGGGCAGCUCUGUGCCGCCCCCCGGCCCCCUGCGUGCCUCCUCCAGCCUGCUCUCCUUGCCCGGCUUCCGCAAGUCCAAAACACCCUUCUCUCACGCUAAGAAGAGCUCUUUUUCAGGGGCUUCAGGCCUGGAGGCCUUUUCCCUGCAGGGCUUUGGAGGUGGAUCCGCUGCUAUGGCUUCACCGCCUUUACCCGGAGCCUCCAGGCCACCUCCAGCUGCAGCAGCGCCACCUGGUGGCGGAUCAACAGCCAGGCCGCUAGUCCAGCUCGGACCAAGCCCACUGGCGACAAAACCUGCACCAGCACCAGUACCGUCGUCUGAACCAUCUGCACCACAGCCUGGGCCAGAAGCGCCCACACAAGCGCACACUCCAACCCCAAACAUGCUGCAGCCCACCCCCAAAAUGGUCUCAGAGCAGGUUACGCCCACCAUCCCCUCACCCACGGCCAACAACGCCCCUCUACCACCCUGCACGACAGAAGACGAGGGCAAGAAGAAGAAGAGGAGCAAAGAGGACAAGAAGAAGGAGAAGGAGGAGGAGAAGCAGAGGUCUCGGGAGAAGAAGGAGCGGGAGAAGGCCGAGAAGGAGAGAGCGAAGAAGGAGAAGGAAAGAGCGGAGAAGGAGAAGAAAAAGGAGAAAGGUGGGAAGAAGAAGGAUAAAGAAAAGGGGGCAGCAGCCGAGCCUGAGGAGAAAAACGGAGCUGCAGCGGCGAAAGAUUCAGCGUAGUUUUUGGAGCGCCUUCUUUUUGCUAACGGAGGGAACAAAAGAAUCAGGCAAGGGUGAUAAAGAGACGGAACAUGUGAGACGGAAGGGGGGGGGAGGAAGAGGCGCUCCUGUGAGGUCCAUUUCAUCUCGUGAAAAUAACUGGAUCCUGCAUUAUGGACUGUUUUUGGCCCCGGGCUACACCUCCCCCAUUGACUCGGCAGCAAUUUGUCCACGUUACUGUGGCUCAUACAGGGGAUAUUUCACUAUACAUGCAGUCCUACUUACAUGUCUGAUAUUCACGUUCAGUUUUAUGUUAUGUUUUUUCUUUUUUAGCCUGGUCUUACAGCGGAGGAAGCAAGCUUGAGGGAAGAUCAGCCGUAGUUGAGUGAUCGUGUGCUGGUCUGGGUGCUGUAGCAGUGUAAAUAGGUCAGUUGCGAAUCAACUGAGCGUCCCCGGUCUGCGCCCAUUUCCUCUGUACUGUAUGUAAUGCUGUAGGUUACCUGGAUAACCUGACAAAGAAAAAAAAAAAAGAAAAAAAAGAGAAAACCCUGAAAUCAUCACCCUACUAAAGCAGGCAGUGACUAUAGUGAUUGUACUAGUAAUAAUAACGUUAUUAAUGGAUGUGGAGGGAGUUCUAUUUAUUGUAGUGUCGUCUGUUAGCGUGUGCGUUUAUAUGUUUGUGCCUUGGUAGUGUAGUGUAACGUGUCCAUAGUGUAACUGCUAACUGCUCUAAUCUCUUCUGUCCCCCAUCCACUCCACCGAGUCUCCUCUAUUCAUUCUAAUGAAAGAAAUCGUGAGCGUUGGGUGGUUUGGCCACUAGGGGGAGCAGAGGAUCUGAAAAGACUGAAUGAGGAUUGUUAGAAAUGGUACUUUGGUCAGAUUUUUUGGUGCCCUGUCUGACAGAAAAGUGAGAAAAUAUGCAACAAGAACCACAUUUUUGGGGGGGUUUCGAGGGACUUUGUUUGACUUUUAGAUAUUUUUGAAUAUCUUUAAAAGGGGAAUUCCACCCAAAUCUUUAAAAUUUCAGUUCAAUUCCAAGGUUAGGACGUACUCAGUCAUUCAGAGUGGCUUGAUGCGAUUUCUUUACAGUGAUGCUGAUAGGAACCAGGCGUCGUUAUGUCAGCAACACAAACGUAGUCAGUGGUGUGAUGUUGGUAAUGGUGAUAGAGAGGGCUGUGUUGCCUUAGAACGCCCUGCAUGGAUUUUAACAUGCAUUUUAGGCCUACAAAAUGUUUGAAAUUGCCCUGCAUGUGAAUCUUUGCCAUGAAUGCAUUUUCAUAAUUAAGAUUUAGGCUCAAACUAUGAUAAAACAGUGUCUCAGGUGUAAGAACUUUCUGUGAAAGGUACCUAUUAGAGACCUGGUUCUUAUCAGUUUGUUUCCACCCUAAUUAAGUCUGCAUUCACCCCACACCACUUAGCACAGCAUAUCUCAUCGCUGGCCCCAGAUUUUCUGGAUACAAGCGGAAUUAUAUGACGCCCUGCAUGUACAUCCCCAUCAUGAACACGUUUUAGGCUGAGAUCUUUUCAAAUCUGUUGCAAAAGUGUCUCAGUCAUCAGGCAGUGAAUUCAUAACCAUUUCGUGUAGUAACUUUCUGUGAGGGAGCUUUUAGAGGUGGACGUCUGGUUCCUAUCACCACCACUGUGAACAGUUUUGACUCUGUCUAGAACGGAGUGUUUCACACCAAACCACUCGGAACGACUCUGUUUACAUCUUAUCGGUAUAAUUAUAGACAUUUUACAAAAUUGGUGGAGUUCCCCUGUAAGUUUACAGUCGAUUUGCAGUUCAAGAGGCUUUGAUUUCUCCUCUCUCGCUCACUGUCGGCAAAAAUGUCACCAAAAAUAACUACUUUUUCACUUCUCUUCCCUGUAAGACUCUUUUUUUUUUUGUUUCUAAAUACGGGCUAAACUGGAAUCAGUGUGGAAAAGUAAGAGACGGAGAGGAAAUUUCUCGUUUCGUUAAGUAUUAAAAGCUUAAUCUGUAAUGACACCUUAAAGGGGAGAGUUUAAUUUACUUGACUUCGGUUGGUGGACUUUUAUUUAUUUGCUUAUGAAGGAUUUAGUCUGAUGUUGCACUGAACUUGUAGAGCACCACUCAUCCUAACAGCACCACUAAUUUUGACCGCUUCAAUGUGUAGUAGUAGAGUCCGGUCCCGUCCGGUCCCGUCCGGUCUGGACUGGCGCACUGUAGCUUUAAUCUUCAGAGGCUUUCACCUUUUGGCCUGUAGUGUAUUAAUGUACAGAGUUUAAUUUAACCAGAUGAGCGAUUAUAUUAUGUAUUAUUCCGGCUCUUUAUCUUAUUUUCGACUCGAUCGUUAUUUUUCUAUGCAAGAAUGCAGCGGCCUGGUUGACUGGAAUAGCAGUGGCUUAUCGGAGUGAGGUUGAUUGUUGCGCAGGUGUAUUUUAAACGAAUCUUUUUUUUUUAGUUUUAUGUAUUAUGGCUCUUCUUUUUAUUUUCAAGUGCUGAAAGUUGUUUUUUUGCACAUUUUCCUCUCUCCCCACAUCCUGGAGAACGAAGCCAAGCAGUACUUAUUUAUUUUAGUAUUUUUUAAAAUCACAUUUUCUUUUAUUUUUUUUCCAACUGUAGCAGUAUUUCAAGGUAGGGUUGGUUUACUUCUUUCUCACCUGGAGCGUGAUGGUUAUUUAAGGUGGGGAGUAGGAGGCCGUGGUCCAAAUCUGUACUGUAAAAAGAUCUGGGAGGCAUUUUCUGUGUUUUAAAGGAAAGGGGGACUCUGCUCAGAUGCCCUAAAACAACCCUAAAUCCAGUCUCGUUGAACCACUGGACUGUCUUGAGUUUGAGUUGCCUGCAGUUUCUGAUGUGAUUUAAACAUUAAUACGCACCGUAGUCGAUUGUGUAACUCCACCUUAACGCACUCACUCCUCAGUAUUAUCUAACAAACUGAAAGACAGCGUUCGGGACCUCUCGGAUGAUGCUGUCGACUUUCUGACACCGACUCGCUGAGACGUUGGUGUUUUCUUGUUGAAGAGGGACUUUGUGGUACCGUUAGUCAACACAUCCUGUUGAUUCUUACAUUUUCCCCACCUGUUUUUGAUAUACUGGUCCGAGCUGCUGUUCGUCGUACCUCCUUUUCGCCUGUAGGUGGCGCCUUUUCAUAAAAGAAUCCAAUGCUUCCUCCAACGGCGCUGCUGUAAAGGCUGAAGGCGAACAAAGAAAGUCUAUGCAAACCCUAAAACUCCUGGAAGCCCGCAGGAUCUCCGCGUCAUGACUGUUUCAUCCUUUAUCUCUGACAGCACUGAAGACGAGGCGGCUUUGGAACCACUGAAGGUGCAAAGCACAAAACCUUCACGCUCCACUCUGCUGGUUCUGGGCACCACCUCGGUCAGUACGCCGGAGUGGUGGGCACAAACCCCAAAAACGGAUCAUUUGCUGACCAGGAAUUCAAGCAGAAACGUCUGGAACUGGUACACGCGUCAGUUUGUCGUAUGCAUUUCCGCUUCGGUCCCUCGUUCAUUGAAGUUUGUCGCUCUUUUGUAGGGUUCUUGGUCGGAUUAAUCGUUUUAAUUCGCUUUUUGUUUUAUUUUGAUUGUUUUUUUUUGUAGUUUCCUCUCUUCCCAUCCUGCUGUGCGUCUGUAAGUUUACAAACCAUUAAAAUAAAUAAAAUCAUACCUAGUCAUUCCUUAAACGCAGAAGAGGAAAAAUGUACACAGUGUAUUUAAUUAAUGAUUAAGAAAAUGACAGUUGUGAUGAAAUAAUAAACCGUAAUAUAUUAAAUCA